GGCUCGGCGCUCGCGGGAAAACUUGUCUGGGCUUCUCCGGGAAGGUGCGCGCGCGGACUCUCCAGCGUCGGGGCGGGAACCGCGCGCUGCCAUGAGCCUUUGGGUGGACAAAUACCGGCCCUGCUCCUUGGGACGGCUGGACUACCACAAGGAGCAGGCGGCCCAGCUGCGCAACCUGGUGCAGUGCGGUGACUUUCCUCACCUGUUAGUGUAUGGACCAUCGGGUGCUGGAAAAAAGACAAGAAUAAUGUGUAUUCUACGUGAACUUUAUGGUGUUGGAGUGGAAAAAUUGAGAAUUGAACACCAGACCAUCACGACUCCAUCUAAAAAGAAAAUUGAAAUCAGCACCAUUGCAAGUAAUUACCACCUUGAAGUUAAUCCCAGUGAUGCCGGGAAUAGUGACCGAGUAGUCAUUCAGGAGAUGUUGAAAACAGUGGCACAGUCACAGCAACUUGAAACAAACUCUCAACGAGAUUUUAAAGUGGUAUUGUUAACAGAGGUUGACAAACUCACCAAAGACGCUCAGCAUGCCUUGCGCAGAACCAUGGAAAAGUACAUGUCCACCUGCAGACUGAUCCUGUGCUGUAACUCCACGUCGAAAGUGAUACCGCCCAUUCGUAGUAGGUGCCUGGCAGUCCGCGUGCCUGCUCCCAGCAUUGAAGAUAUUUGCCACGUGUUAUCUACUGUGUGCAAGAAGGAGGGUCUGACUCUUCCUUCACAACUGGCUCGUCGACUUGCAGAGAAGUCCUGCAGGAAUCUCAGAAAAGCCCUCCUCAUGUGUGAGGCCUGCAGAGUGCAACAGUAUCCUUUUACUGAAGAUCAGGAGAUCCCUGAGACAGACUGGGAAGUGUAUCUGAGGGAGACUGCAAAUGCUAUUGUCAGUCAGCAGACCCCACAAAGGCUCCUUGAAGUCCGUGGCAGACUCUACGAGCUUGUAACUCAUUGUAUUCCUCCUGAGAUAAUAAUGAAGGGCCUUCUCUCAGAACUUUUACACAAUUGUGAUGGACAACUGAAAGGGGAAGUGGCCCAGAUGGCGGCUUACUAUGAACACCGUCUUCAGCUUGGGAGUAAAGCCAUUUAUCACUUGGAAGCAUUUGUGGCCAAAUUUAUGGCACUUUAUAAGAAGUUCAUGGAGGAUGGAUUGGAAGGCAUGAUAUUCUAACUUUGAUCAGUAAUUCUUCUGAAUAUUUCCCGGUAUCAACAUUUAAAUACAGUUUUUAUUGGAAGAGCUGUGGGUUAAAUAAAUUGA